AUGGCGCGCUACCAGCUCCUCUGUCUAAUCAUCGUCGCUACAACGGAUAUUAGAACGUGCUACGGCGAGAACUCUGAGACGUUGAAGGAACAAGAAAGUACUUUGCCCGAGCUGGCUAAGGAGGUGGAGGACAACAGCCGUUACAAAACACUAGAGGCUAACGCAACUGUUCUUAAACUUCUAGUGGAUGACAAAAAUGGAGUCAGCAGAUCGGAAGUGUUCGACAUGCUGCAUUCGAGGGAUGACGAUGAACACCACGUGGACUUGCCAACUUUCCCUGAAGACGCAGAAGAUGCUCGGGCAGAAGUGCCUUUAACGCCUGAUUCCCAAGCAGAGUUCUUACAAGCUGCUGGCGAUGCUGUUCGCAAGGAUUCGCAGAAAAUACGAUCCGGUAGCGUCAGAGGGGAACCAAUAGGAGCUGCAGCUGGCAUCAUGGUCGUGGUCACUUGCAGCAUCGUGUGCCUCGCCUACACAGCCCUCAUCGUGUGGAGGAGGAUAUACCUAAAACGUAAUGGCCUCAAACACGAACUUCUACGAAAUGAAGAAACUAUUGCCGAGACUAGGAUAGAAGUAAGUUUACAUUUUAGAACUUAA